UCCUCUGCCUUCUCUCUCUAUCUUUAGGGAAGUAACAAUGCAGCUCCGUUCUACGGCGGCCGUCGCGGCGGUGCUCGUCUCCGUGCUAGUUGUCUUACUGCCAGAAGCAACAGUUGAGGGGCACAACAUCACCACCAUUCUAGCAAAGUUCCCGGAGUUUUCGACCUUCAACCAUUAUCUCACCAUUACACACCUCGCCGACGACAUUAACAACCGACAGACCAUAACCGUUUGUGCAGUAAACAAUGCUGGAAUGUCAGAUCUGCUAAGCAAACACCUCUCUGUGUACGCCAUGAAGAACGUUCUAUCGCUUCAUGUGUUGCUCGACUACUUCGGCGCGAAGAAGCUCCACCAGAUCACUAAUGGAACCGCCCUGGCAGCCACAAUGUUUCAAGCCACCGGUACCGCCUCUGGUUCGUCUGGAUUCGUUAACAUUACGGAUCUGAAAGGCGGUAAGGUUGGAUUUGGAAGUGAAGAUGGUGGCAGAACGGAUGCGACAUUUGUUAAAUCGUUGCAGGAGGUUCCUUAUAACAUUUCUGUUAUCCAGAUCAGCAGCAUGUUGCCGUCGUCGGAGGCUGAAGCUCCGACUCCUGAACCUGCCGCCGUCAACAUUACUUCUCUAAUGUCGGCGCAUGGAUGUAAGUUUUUUGCUGAGGCUCUGUUAGCAUCUGCCGCAAUGAAGACCUACGAAGACAAUAUCGAUGGCGGAUUGACGGUUUUUUGCCCUCUCGACGAUGCUUUCAAAGGCUUUGCUCCAAAAUACAAAAAUUUGACCGUCGGCGGGAAGCAAUCGUUGCUUGAAUUUCACGGUGUGCCUGUUUAUCAAUCGAUGUCGAUGCUAAAAUCAAGCAACGGCCUGAUGAACACACUAGCAACCGACGGUGCUAACAAAUACGAUUUCACCGUACAGAACGACGGCCAGGAAGUAACAAUAAAAACAAGCCUCGUUACGUCGAAGAUCGUAGGUACACUGAUUGACCAACAACCGUUGGUCAUUUUCACCAUCAACAAGGUAUUGUUGCCCAAGGAGCUUUUCAAAGCAGCUCUUUCCCCUGCUCCAGCUCCUGCGCCCGAGGCUGAUGCUCCCACGGCUGAUUCACCAAAUUCUUCGAAGAAGAAGAAGCACAAGUCUCCACCAGCACCAGCUUCGUCCGAUUCUCCGUCUGAUUCUCCGGCAGAUUCUCCGGAUGGUGACGUAGCCGAUCAACAAUCAGAUAGCAACAAUGCUGCGGAAAUCAAGGGUUUCAGAUUUGCUGUUGUGGCUUUGAGUUUUUGGUUUGCCUCUUUUGCCAUGUAAGUUCCCUCCCUUUGCUUCCCCUUCUCUUAGUGAAAUAAUUUGGUCCAGGAAAUUGUCAUUUACACUUGAAGAAAUUAUAUUUCCAUUUCAUUAUGAUCACAUAAUGAAAUUUGAAUAUGAGUUUGAGGGCGGAAGUAAUAUUUUUCAUUAAUUAUUUGUAAUCAAACGUGUAUUGCGUGUGUGUGUGGUUUUGAAGUUAAAGAAAAUGAGGUUUGCUUUAA